AUGACAGGUUGCUAUGAAGAAAGUGCAAUGAUCGAAGAAUAUGUUGAUGAAUUACUCAAUACAUUUCGAACUCCAUUUUGGCUCGAUGAAUGUGGCUGUUCUAUAGAAAAUUUACCAUUAGAAAUCAAGAAUGCAUCAAUAAAACGACUCGAUCUUCAAAGACUCCAUGGAUCGUACGAUGAACAGCAAUGUAUAAAAUUCAGUCAUUCACGUCUUGCUAUGCAAUGUGAAGAACUUCAUAUUUCUGUAAAAAAUCGAAUAUCAAUAUGUUAUCUAGUUAAAACUAUGCCUAAUUUGCGAUUAUUACAUGUGAAAUGUGAAGAAAAUGAGCAAAAGCAAUAUUCCAUAGAAGAUAAUAAACAAGAUCAAAAUUCAACAGAAGAUAAACUUGUAAACUGGUUAGAACAACAAUUGUCUGGUGUACGAUCAUUAGUUGAAAUCUUUGGUUGUCAUGGCACUAUUGUAUUGAGAAUUUCUUAA